AUGUUGCGUUUACUCAGUGUUGUGGGAUUUCUUUCAUUCGUAACAUCAGAAAGCUGUUUCAAUCAUAGAUGUCUUACGUGCCAUCCCCAAGAAACAAUAUGGCCAGGAAAUCGUCAAGAAUGUGACCCCUCCAACUGGGUGACAGCGGAAUGGGUUCACAAUUUAGGACACCCACCACCCCGAACUGACUCCAAGAUUAAUAUAGAAAUGCGCUGCCUUAAAAUGGUAGCGACGCCGGAUGAUAAGUCUUUUGGCAACACAGUAGAUGUGAUAAAAGGCUGCGUGCCAAAGGUCCAGGUGGAUUCUGUCUGCCUCGGGCUGUUAGCUGUAGAGCGCGCGAGAGGCCACAGCGACGCACGGUGCUUCAUAUGCAACGGGAACGACUGCAACACAUCAUCACACACCUAUGCGACUACUACGCCGAUACUACUCCUCAUUUUGUACUACGUACUGAGAUGA